AUGUCGCUCCAGUCCGUCAAGGACAAGAGCAAGGAGACGGCGCGGCGAGCGGAGGACCGCAAACGCUCCGUCCUCGUCCUCGCGCGGCGGUUCCUCCUCGAGAAUAACAUGCCGGACAGCGCCCGCGCGCUGGAGCGCGAGGGCGGCGUCUCGUCCACCACCUUCGACGCCGCCGACAACGCGUCGCUGCCCGGCGUCAUCGCCGAGUGGGAGACGGUUCACGAGGAGCGCUUCGGGUUCAGGCCCAAGAUGACGCGCGGGUGCGACGACACGAAGCCCGGGACCUCCGCCGCCGCGCUCGCCGCGGCGAGAGGUAAGGCGGGCGCCAAGGCGGGCGCCGAGCGAAGGGCCGCGCGCAUCGCCGCGGAGCGCGAAGCAUCCCGCGUCACUCACUACGCAUCGACGUCGGAUGAGAGCCGUCAUCGCGCCGUCGACGGCGGUGACGCGUCAUCAUCAUCCGCAUCCGCCGCCACCGGGGACGUCCUCCCACCCGACUUCGACCUACCACCCGGGCACCCGCUGCUCCGCCGGUACGCGACCGACGGCGUCGCGAAACCGGUGGGGGGAACGACGCUGUCCGACGCGAUGGACUACGUUAAAAAGGUAGAUGCGGUGCGAAGGGGUGAGCCUCCGCCGGCGGGCACCGAGCACCUGGGCCGCGAGCACAGCGAGUCGCGACUGGCGCCCGGCGGCUACCGGGGGUUCAUGAACGGCGGCGCGGGUGGACACGGACAGCGGCGGAGGGAGAACGGGGACGAGAACGGGGACGAGGACGAUGCGAACGACGCGAACGAUGAGAGCGACGGGGAGGCGUGGGAGGAACGGCAGAGGGUGCUCAAGCCGCCGCCGUCCUUCUCCGGCAGCGUCGAGCUUCGCGACCUCGCGCGGACGAUCUCGCGGGACAUAUACACGUCGAACCCCGACGUGCGCUUCCGGGACGUGAGCGGCCUGGACGAGGCCAAACGUCUGCUGAGAGAGGCGGUGGUCAUGCCGGUGAAGUUUCCCCAGUUUUUCCACGGCUUGCUCCGGCCGUGGCGCGGCAUCCUCCUGUACGGACCCCCGGGCACGGGCAAGACGAUGCUCGCCAAGGCCGUCGCCACCGAGUGCGGCACCACCUUCUUCAACAUAAGCGCGUCGAGCGUCGUGAGCAAGUGGCGGGGCGACAGCGAGAAGCUGGUGCGCGUGCUGUUCGAGCUCGCCAGGCACCACGCGCCGAGCACGAUAUUCAUGGACGAGCUCGACGCCGUCAUGAGUUCGCGCGACGGGGGAGGCGUUCACUCGGGCGGCGGCGACCACGAGAGCUCCCGGCGGCUCAAGACCGAGCUUCUCGUGCAACUCGACGGCCUGAACAGGGACGAGGGCGAGCUGGUGUUCCUCCUCGCCGCGACCAACUUACCGUGGGAGUUGGACCCGGCCAUGUUGCGAAGGCUGGAGAAGCGGAUCCUGGUGGGUUUGCCGUCGGAGGCGGCGAGGGCGCGGAUGAUGGAGCGGUACCUCGCGCCGCACGCCGUGGCCGCGGACGUGAGCCUCCGCGACCUCGCGGCCGGGACGGACGGGUACAGCGGCGCGGACGUCAUGCUGCUGUGCAAGGAGAGCGCGAUGCGGCCGCUGCGCAGGUUGAUGGAUCGGUUGAUGACAACCGAAGACUCUGACGAGCCGUCGGUGGCAUCGACGGAUGACGACGGGGCGGAGGUGAGCGUCGGGGAGAUCACGAGGGACGACGUCGCCGGCGCGCUCGCCGCGACGCGGCCGACGCAGACGGAUGCGCACGCGAGGCGGUACGAGGAGUGGACGCGGUCCUUCGGCGCCGUGCUCUGA